AUGGCGACCUGUGAGGUGGAGGACAGCGGGUGCGAGCCACGGCGCUCCAGUGACGUCAUGCUGCAGCCGCCAGUCCUUUCUGUUCACAUCAGUCCCGCCAUUUCCCCGAGCCUGCGGAGGAAACGCCUGAUGUGGCAGAGCGCCAUGCGGCACGUCAUCGAACGGCACGACCUCUACCCUCCAACCUCUGACCUUGAGAGAGGGACAGGGGGAGGGGGAGCAGGGACCCGCAUAGUGCUCACAGACGCUUACAUCAACGACAUCAACAGGCAGAUCCGCAACAAGGCGUCUCGGGGUGGACAUAAGCGGCGUUCGUCUGUAGCUCGUAUCCACCCAGCCAAUCAGGACCGGAUGUCCACGGUGACCCAGAAGAGCAGCGACUCCCUCAGUGACGCUGACUACUUUGUUUCCUGGGGGUCUACAGUCAGAGGGGUCUUCCUGCCUGCCCUUCAUCACACCUUCAAGUCUCCCGACCUGGAGAAGUUGUACCAGCAGCAUGCAUCAAGCCAGAGGAUAACCUCUCUGGUUUUCACUAAUGUUAUCGACAUCAUCACCAAACUACACAUCCUGGGUCUGACCCUAUGGGCGGGGCCUCAGAGCCUGGACACAGCCAAUGGUUGGCUGGUCGGCCUGUUCAUCGCUCUGGGGGCUGGACUCUGCGUGCUGGUGCUCUGUUCUAAGGGGAUGAUGUCAUCGCCAGAGUGGUUGAGGUACAUGGCUCUAGCCAGCUGGUUGUCCCAGACAGCGCAGGUGUUGGGAGGUGUGGUGGGCGGUUUGGAGAAGGACCAGGCCUGGUACGUCCUCUUCACGCUGUUCUCCACCUACACCCUCCUGCCCCUCCCUUUGCUCUGGUCCCUCUCCACCGGUCUGCUCACCGCCACGCUGCACCUCCUGGUGGAAACCGUUCACCACUACGACGACACCGCGCUCUACAGAAAGGUUCUGGCGAAGGGCUUGUUGUACCUGGGUAUGAACACAGCAGGGUUGUUCAUCCACUACCUGUCAGACCACACACAGAGACAAGCCUUCCUGGAGACACGACGCUGCAUUGAGGGACGAGUACGCCUGGAGAGGGAGAACCAGAGACAGGAGCGCUUGGUGAACUCUAUCAUUCCGCGGUUCGUUGCCUUGGAGAUGAUCGCUGACAUGUCCAACAUGGAUGAUGACCUGUUGUCACAGCAGUUCCACAAGAUUUAUAUUCACCAGUACAAAGACGUCAGUAUUCUGUUUGCUGAUAUAAAAGGCUUCACGUCUCUGUCCAUGGUCCUGUCGGCUCAGGAAUUGGUCCGGACACUCAAUGAGCUGUUUGGACGCUUCGACCGCCUGGCUGAGGAGCACCACUGCAUGCGUAUCAAGAUCCUUGGGGACUGUUACUACUGUGUGUCAGGAGUCCCAGAGCCAGAGACGGCUCACGCUCGCUGUUGUGUGGAGAUGGGCCUCUCCAUGAUCAGCACCAUAAAGUAUGUACGAAGGGAGCUGAAACACGAGGUGGACAUGCGUAUCGGUGUCCACUCUGGCUCAGUGCUGUGUGGGGUGCUGGGGCUGCAGAAGUGGCAGUUUGACGUGUGGUCCUGGGAUGUAGACAUCGCUAACAUGCUGGAGGUAGGAGGAGUGCCGGGCCGUAUCCACAUCUCCCGGGCAACGCUGGACUGUCUGGGCGGGGUCUAUGAGACGGAAGAGGGGCGUGGCCACGAGAGGAACGAGUUUCUACGGAAACACAAAAUUGACACGUUCCUGAUUCGCCACACGCCCAUGGAGAACGCUCCUGCCAAGAAGGCUCGCCGGCCCAGUCGAGAUGACACCAUUCAUGCUGGCUGGAGUACUGAGCUGCCGUUUGGAAACAUCAUCGGAAUGAACUGUAUCCUGGCGACCUUCAGCAACGGCUCUCUGGCCCAGUUACCUAACCAGCUGGCGGCUCAGCGGACGGGGACGCGUGAAGUCAACAAGAGGAUCCGCCGGGCCAUCGAGGUCCGGAGCAGCGAACGCAUGAGAAAGGAACACAUCACCACCUUCACACAGGAGUUCAAGGACACACACAUCGAGGACAAGUUUUCCCAGAUGCGUGAUGAGAUGUUCAAGUCAAACCUGGUCUGCUCCUUCAUCAUGCUCCUCUGCCUCAUGGGUGCACAGACCCUCGUCCCCGCCACAAGACUGUGUCCUAUGCUGGUUCAGUUUGGAGUGUGUGUGUGUGUGUAUGUGAUGCUGCUGGUGGUGGUCCUAGCUGAAGAGUUUAAACAGAGCCCUCUCGCGCUGCAGUUCCUGUGCUGCUGGAUCAACGAGAACAAGACUGUCAGAACACUGCUCACGCUCACCGCCAUUAUCAUCAACUUUGGAGUGGCCUCAUCUGAUAUACUGUGGUGUGUGGAGUCUGAGAUGGACCCUAACAACAGAAGCAGCUCCCAGCAGCACACCUGGUCCUGGCCUGUCAACAUCUGUACACACCCUGAGUUCCUGGUUUUCAGUGGGGUGGUGGCCAUGGUGUCGUGUGCUGUGUUCUUCAGGCUGCACUGUCUACUGAAGCUAGCUGUGUUACUUCUGGCCAUAACUGUCUACACGUACCUCAUAGAAGUCAGUUUCCACACACUGUUUAUACGCCAGACCUCUGAAAACACCAGGCAGCAGUACCUGAGGAGGAAGGAUGUGUGUGUCCUGCUCAUGGCCAUGUUUGUGGUGGCUGUAAUUUACAACAGUAGACAGUUGGAGGCAACGGCGCGGCUGGACUUCCUGUGGCGUCUGCAGGCCAGACAGGAAGUGGAGGACAUGAAGGAGCUGAGGGAACAUAAUGAGUGUUUACUCUUCAACAUUCUGCCUUCACACGUCGCACAGCACUUCCUAGAGAGAGACCGCCACAAUGAGGAUCUGUACUCCCAGUCCUAUGAGCGUGUGGGGGUGUUGUUUGCGUCCAUCCCCGGGUUUACAGACUACUAUGAACAGAAAGAGUUGAUCCAUCAGGAUGUGGAGUGUCUACGGCUUCUCAAUGAGAUCAUAGCUGACUUCGACGAGUUAUUAGAUGAGACAUAUUUCCAGGACAUUGAGAAAAUCAAAACCAUUGGCAGCUGUUACAUGGCUGCUUCUGGCCUCUCCCCUGAUCAACAGGAGUGUGGUGAUGAGUGGCGUCACCUCAGUGAGCUGGUGCUGUUUGCCCUGGAAAUGCAGGCGACGCUCAAACGAAUCAACACACACUCUGGAAACAGCUUUCAGCUCCGUGUUGGCAUAGCCCAUGGUCCAGUGGUUGCCGGGGUGAUAGGAGCCACUAAACCUCAGUAUGACAUCUGGGGAAUGACCGUGAACCUGGCCAGCCGUAUGGACAGCACCGGGGUCAGUGGACGCAUACAGGUCCCAGAGAGUACCAGUCAUGUCCUGGCGGAGCGCGGUUUCGUUCGCGAGCUGAGGGGGGAGAUCUACGUGAAAGGUGUGAGCGAGCGGCAGGGGAACGUCAAGACGUACUUCGUGAGGAGCCGCGAGUCGUGUACCAGCUACGUGGAGCGCAGUGUGAACCGCGGGGGUCUGGGGAGGAACACUCUGUCUGCUCUGGUCUUUACCCUGGUCCAGACCAGGAAGAGAGAGACACAACGAGAGGCUAACGGAGGGUUCCACCUGCUGGAGGUCUCAUAGACCUGGGGCUGUAUAUCCUAUCGGGAGAGAAUUCAGCAUAUCCUCUCCUCGUUUGUUGGAUUAAAACUGCUUUCUAUGGUGGAUUACCUAAAAUUUACAUUUACAUUUAAGUCAUUUAGCAGACGCUCUUAUCCAGAGCGACUUACAA